ACAGAUGGAUCAAAGUGGAUUAAACAGUAUACUGGAAUCAAUGCUAUCUCAAAGAAAGAAUUUUCCAUUGAUGUUGGAUAUGAGAGAUUCUUGGGACCUGAAAUAUUUUUUCAUCCAGAGUUUGCUAAUCCAGACUUUACUCAGCCUAUCUCAGAAGUUGUAGAUGAAGUAAUUCAGAAUUGUCCUAUUGAUGUCAGACGUCCUCUCUACAAGAAUAUUGUCCUCUCUGGAGGUUCAACCAUGUUCAGGGACUUCGGACGUCGCUUGCAAAGAGAUUUGAAAAGAACUGUAGAUGCCAGGCUGAAAUUAAGUGAGGAAUUGAGUGGUGGUAGAUUGAAGCCAAAACCUAUUGAUGUACAAGUCAUUACACACCACAUGCAGCGAUAUGCAGUUUGGUUUGGAGGAUCCAUGCUGGCUUCCACACCUGAGUUCUACCAAGUAUGCCACACCAAAAAGGAUUAUGAAGAAAUUGGACCUAGCAUUUGUCGUCACAAUCCAGUGUUUGGAGUCAUGUCGUAAAAUUGGCUUCAUAGUUAUUGGGGUUAGGGAGGUGGGGAAGAAAUAAUCUUUCUGAUUACCUGUUUUGUCUGGAGGAUGGCUGGUUUUGAGGUUGUAAACCUGACUUGAAAUAAUAAGACCAAACAUAAUUAUACAGGAAUAUUUUAAUAAGUAUAUCAACAUGUGAAUGUAGAGGAGAGCCAAAACGAUUAAGUGUUUUUCUUUAGAUUGAAUAUUUGAAUCUUGCAUGUAACAAAAAGAAGUGGGUUUUAGUUCUUUCUGUGCCCUGCUAUUUUGUAUAUUAUUGAAUUAUCCAAGAUUUGAUGGGAUUUAUCGGUAUGUAGAUAGCUCUAUAAUGCUUGAAUUGUACACUCUGAAGUGUGCAAUGCAAGAGCUUGUUUAUAUUUCAUACUUUUUAUACUUUGAGGAAAAAAAGUCAAAGAAAAACUAGUAUUUGAGGGAAAAAAAGUGACCAAGUAAAGGAUAAAUACAAAAAAUAGCCUGUGAGACUUGGCAUACACACACACUCAUGGGAUUCCAGUUAUUAGGAAGUGCUUCCAUACCCUGUGCCCCCCAAUGGUUUUCUUUGCAAGUGCUUUUGGAACUAAGAAGCUAGUAUCUUGGAUUAACUGAUGCCUGCUAGUGCUUUCUGAUUACUCGCAUUCUGUUUUCUCGCUUUAAAGGAAAAGUAAAGACAAGACUGUUGGACCAGUAUUGCAGUUCUGCAGUGUCAUUUCUUAUUAAAAAAUGAAUAAUUUGAUUACCCAAAUUGGUAUAUUUAAAGCCUAACACCAUUCUAAUAAAGGCACAAAUUUCUUUUUAA